AUGUCGCCAGUGAGAGGCGAGAAACCAGAUCUCACCACAGCCUUAACGACGAAUAAUCCCGAAGUCCCAAUCCAAAACCCAAUAUCCCUCGAAACGAGCGUUUUAGAUAACGCAUACUUCCGCUACUCCACCGGGCUGGACCCCGAAGCUGGGAAUACCUUUGUGAUGCCAGUUCCAGAAGGCAGCGUUACUUUUAGUCCCGCGAAACGGUGUCAGAGCACGCAUUUGGGGGAUGGGGGUGAUGAGGGUGUCGAUGAAGAUACAGGUGGCGGACCUUAUGCUGAUGGGUUUCAAAAUUCUGCGGUAGGUGAUGACGAGGUUUAG